GCAGCAUAAUAUUAAUAAAAUUCUUUGAAACAAAUAAACCUAGCAGAGCUGUGAUUUGACCGAGGUGAAAACGACAUCGACAGCGAGCCAAGAAGAGACGAAGAGACAUGGACGGUCAAGAACAGCUUCAAGAAUACCCAACCCAGCGACUUCGCUUUGUCUUCCAAAGAGAGAAGCCAAGGGACGACAACCACCCGCCAAUAGACAAGACAUGGUUCCAAUCGACUCUCUUCUGUGACCGCGAGUUGCUUGAGUUCUCACUGCUAAUCAUAAAAUCCAUUACUGGCUGUUCUGUUGGAUGCAAUUUGCCGCUCCUUUCCUUGGACACGUACCAUGACCAAUUUCCGUCUGUUGGGACUAUGGCUGCUGUGGGGUGCCAGCCACUUCCAAGUGGCCUUGGGCAAACGAUAUCGAAAGGAUUUUAAUCCCAAUGCUCGUUCCUUUCUGGUUGUCAAUCUCUCCGAGUCAGUGGCUGAAGUCUACUGGAUGCAUUUUGGAACAGAAGAACGAAUCCUGCAAAUGGAACUUCGCCCUGGGGCCAAGGAUAGUUUGAAUUCACACAUCAUUCAUGAAUUUGAGGUCCGAGAAAGGCCAGACGAACAGGGAUUUUGUGGUGGCAGAAAAGGACGAUGCAGAAAAAGACACUUUCAGAUCAGCGCAGAGGAGGAUCAGGUAUUUACCAUCACACCUGACUUUCAGAUUGAAGUGUCCAACAACAAGAGUCGAGCCAAGGAAAAAGCAAAGGAUGUUUUGAGACAAUGCCGUGAGUUGAGUGAUUUUCUGGGAAAACUAAAGACCACCUUCAACCCUUCGGAACGAUUAGAUCAAUUGGCGGAUUGCAUAUCCCAAAAUGUACACUCGGCAAUCUACGAAACACAAGAAGAAAUUGAUUUUCAAUCCGAGCUUCGACUAAAAAUGGGUUCCAAGCUACAGAACUAUGCGUGUCAGGACACCACCUUUUGGGAAACAGAACCAUUGGAUGUUCAGGUUUGGAAUCCCAUCAAUCCAAACCUCAUGUGGGAUGAUCUCAGCCACACCACACGAGUCUUGUUGCAGGCCGACACGACAAUGAUUGCCACAAUCGACAACAUGGUCCGACCGUCCGAUUGCGAAUUUGUGGAACGAGUGGCACAAACAACAUGGGACUCCGCGUUGCCAGAGGUAUUGUGGGAGGCACGGAAACAACCCGAAGUCAUUGAUUUCUUGUCACGGAUAUUCGCAUACGUCGAUCCAGCAGUGAAACUCAUGAACCUCUAUUUGGGCCUCCCUUCCAAGGAUCAAAGUUUGUUUCGUGUCUAUCAUGACUCUAUCAGCAACCUCGGGGAAGAACCACGGAGACACAAAACCCUUGAUUGGCCUGUCUCGAGUGACUACUUUGCCAGGCUGUACAUGUUUUGUGAGGUCCCCCAAGAUGGCGGUGCAAUUCACUUUCCAGAAUCCGGUGUUCAUGUCUAUCCCAGAUUGGGAGAGGCCCUGCUGGUUACCUAUACCCGAGCACCAGCUCAUCAAGGACUGAACGGGAAGCUCAGCAAUGAACACAUUGACUGUCCCAUCUUUGAGGGGAAUCGGACCAUGAUACAGCAUCAAUUUCGUCUGUUUUCGUCCAUAACAGCAGAGGUUUGAACUGAAGGAUUGGGUAGAUAGUUUCUUUUAAGUUUUGCAUGUGCAGAAUCAUCAAUGCGUAGAAUCUUCAAUUGCGCUGUCUUG